AAUGAGUGAAGGUUUUGGUUGUACUGAAGAGGUUUAUGAAGUUGAGGGAUUUAGAGAUUAGAGUUUAGGACACUGUUUUAUUCAGGUGGUUAUUUUACGAGUGUGGACGGAAAACUAUAAAUUUAGAGAGAGAGACAGAGAGAGAGAGAGAGAGAGAGAGAGGGGACAGUGAGAGUUUUACUUCCGGGUUUCUGUCAGCGCUGUCUGUAGCUAGCUCUCCGCGCGCGCCGCGUUUCCGCAUACUUUCCAGCAGAUUCACCUGCGCGUGUGCACGCUCAGAUCAAACGCCCAGGUGUUUAUAACAGCGCGAGCUGUCAUGUCGCCGUAACUUCCGCUCGUUAACGUUCAUCUCAGCUCCCAUGACGUGACAGGGACGGAUCGCUCUCUCGGUGCCUGUAGAUUUUUUUUUUUUAAACAUAUAUAUAUAUAUAUAUAUAUCUAUAUAUACACCGUGUGGACACCAUGAUGGUUUGCUGCACGUCACUGGGUCUCGCGCUGUUCACCGCGCUGCUCCUGUGCACACCGGGUCGCGUGCACGGCUCUCAGGGCGAUAAGGAGCCCGUGUACCGGGACUGCGUGAAGCAGUGCGCGCGCACCAACUGCACCGGCGCCAAACUGCGCGGCUUCCAGUCCGCUCAGCCGCCUUACAUGGCGCUCACGGGUUGGACGUGUCGGGAUGACUGUCGUUAUCAGUGCAUGUGGACCACAGUUGGACUUUAUCAGGCCGAGGGCUAUCGAGUGCCUCAGUUCCAUGGCAAGUGGCCAUUUGUGCGCUUCCUGUGUUUUGAGGAGCCGGCGUCAGCCCUGGCGUCGCUGCUCAACGGUCUGGCGUGUUUACUGAUGCUGCUGCGCUACCGCAGCGCCGUCCCACGCCAGUGCCCCAUGUACCACACCGUCACCGCCUUCUCACUGGUGUCACUGAAUGCCUGGUUCUGGUCUACAGUAUUUCACACCAGAGACACUUAUCUAACCGAGAAGAUGGACUACUUUUGUGCAUCAGCGGUGAUCCUCUACUCCAUCUACCUGUGCUGUGUCAGGACGCUGGGUUUGCGGCGGCCCGGCGUGUCCAGCAUUGUUGGAGUUUUGCUCAUCCUGGCCUUCACCUCCCACGUCUCCUAUCUCACCUUUGUUAGCUUCGACUACGGCUACAACAUGGCCGCCAACGCAACCAUAGGCAUGGUAAACCUGCUGUGGUGGCUCGGUUGGUGCUGGCAGAACCGGAGGACGUUGCUGUACUGGUGGAAGUGCGGCGUGGUGGUGGUGCUGCUGCAUGGCCUGGCGCUGCUCGAACUCCUCGACUUCCCGCCGCUCUUCUGGGUGCUGGACGCUCACGCCGCCUGGCACCUGGGCACUGUCCCUGUCCACUUCCUUUUCUACAGUUUCCUCAUAGACGACAGCCUCCACCUCCUCAACACAGAGAAGGCUGGAGUCAAGCUGGAAUAGGAGGAGCCUUUCUCAGAGCCCCGCCCCCUCCUCUCCCAUCCCUCCAGUCAGGACGAGUCUGUGAAUUUCGAGUUUACGAAUUGAGUUUACACUUUUUACCACUCUGCUACGGACAGCUGUGAAGAGAGUUUCUUUUAGUUGCUUAGUUCACGCGUGUUUGAUUUUUGUACUUUUUUUUUUUUUUUUUACAUUUCUCACCAUGUUUUUGCCUUUACUGAGCUUUGCCUUGAGUAGAAGAGCUUAGAUUGGAAACUUUAUUGACAUGGUUUGUUUAAGUGUUACCCAUUAUUAUUUAUAUUUCGUACAGAAAUCUUAAAAAUGGGGUAAAUCAGAGAGGUCAGGAGUGUGACAUGCUGUUAAAUCUUCAACUGCCAUUUUUUUCCCUUUAGCAUAACUUACACUGACAUCAUUUGAGACAAAAUUGCAAAAAAAAAAAAAAAAAGAGAGAGAGGAUGAAGGGCACUAACGUUUGCUAAUAUUUUCAAUGUUAAGAUUAGCGUUACAGCAAUACUUGCGCCUGCAUGCCGCCAUCCACCAGCAGAGGGAUAUGGUUUUGAAAUCCAUGCUAGUGUUCGCCUGCAUCCCAAACCAUAUACUAUACUAUAAAUAGUACAUCAGAACACUUUUACCUUAACAUGGUAUAUCGCAAUUUGAUGUAUAAUGUUCCAGCAUAUCCCACUGCUCAUGGUUCAGACCUGCCAACCUUUACGUCUUUUUUGCGUAGGAGCUCCGCAUUUUAACGUGGAGUACACUGCUAUGAGUUAUCACUAAAAAUACGGCAAAAGAGCAGUCUUCUUUUUUCCUCUGAUAAAAAUGGCAGAUGAUUCCAAUCGACAUAUGAUUCUGAAAUGAUUGACAGUUGCGUAGAUGGUUUGAACUUUACGAUAUUAACUGACGCCCCCUGGUAGCCUUGUAUUGACAAGUGAUUUGCGAAAGGACAAUAUCGAAGAUGUUCUGCGUUUUUACCCCUCCCCUGACCGCUGGCGGGAUCACGCGUUAGUCUUCUUCGCGACUGGCAGGUCUGAUGAUGUACUGUUUCGUCAUUUAUUUUGGGGUGCUAGAUAGCUAAAGACAUGUUCCUUAGUAAAUUUUUGUUUUUUGAGAAACUAAUGAAAUGGCUAGGUGACACACCACCUGCGCUCUUCAAUAUCCGUACAGAAAUCUCACAAUUUAUAGAAUAAUUUCAUUUUAUUCAGAGAGGCCUUAGCAUGGGUGCUGCUAAGAUCUAGAAUUACCGUAAAUUUUCGUAAGGUGCCUCGUGGUGUAAUACCAGUGCCCACCAGCAGAGGGAAAUCAUUAUCGCACCAGCGAGUUGGCCCAACAUUUUGGCCAAUGUCCUAAACUGCGUAAACACGUCAAAAUAGAACGUUAACAUCAAUAACAUACUGUUUUGACACGUAUUUUAGUGCAGUAGCGAUGUAACGUUUUGUCCGAGUUUGUAGCAAGCAGAAAAAAUUGUUCGUUUUUUUUUCUGGAUGCUAGUUGAAGCACCUUCCAAAAAAAUACAAGAAUGUAAAUGCUAAUAUUGUUGAAUUACGUGUGGACAAGAGAUAGCCAUUUUAGAUUUGCGAGUGUUUGAACAAGACGUCCGACUCUUGAUUGAGGGUGUGUGAAGGCCUGUGAUUGUUUAUUGUGCUCAUUUACAUAUUGCACAUUUACGUAUUGAUCAGUAUGAGCGCAGUAUUUAGGGAUAUUGAAGGGUAUCAAAAAAAAAAAAGGCUGAUAAUAUCAUGAUACGACUCACAAAUGAUAUGUUGGAGCAGCUGUAAUGUUUGCUUUGCCUUUUAUUUUUUUCUUUUCACUGCUGCUGUGUUUGCUUCUUUUAUACUGUUGUGUUCAUUUUUUUUUUUUAACCACAAAGUGUUUUUUUCUUACAUUUUUAUUAUUGUUUUCCAUUCAGGAAGUAAUCUGAAGCAUGUUUUUCACCUGGAAUGCCUUGAGAGGAAAAAAUGGAAGAGUUUGAAACUGUGUGUGUGUGUGUGUGUGUGUGUGUGUUCCACUUAUGCCUUAUUCCAUCUUGUCCAGUAUACAGUUAUGUCUGUUGUCUUCACUGAAACUCCAUUUCCAUUGAACGAUGUGAGUGCUUAUUUGCUCCCUGGAGGAUUAA